AUGGCUCCAAAUACACCCUCUGUAGUGACUAAGAGAACGGUUACGUUUAUAAAUAACCAAACUCCAGCAGCAAUCACCGAAUCUCAGUUGGAUCUGGACAGUGUGGGGGAUUACGAUAUUAUUGUCAAGAUUGAAGCUGCUGCGCUUAACUCCAUCGAUGUAGUCAUUCAUGAAAAUGCUAACCCUCAUCUGGUAUCAUCAUCACCCAAGGCAUACGGUAGAGAUUUUUCAGGUGUAAUUAUUCGUCGUGGAGAUAAGGUGAAUCCCAAAUGGCAGGUAGGGGAUGAGAUAAAUGGGUUGUUCAAUCACCUCUUUGGUGACCAAGGUUCGCUUUCCAAUUAUCUGGUGUUCAACCCUGAUAAGCAAACAGGGAUUACACAUAUCCCUAAAUCGGAAGAAGACAAGAAGGAUAAAUUCAUUCGUGCUGCUGCAUGGCCUAUUGUAUUUAAUACUGCGUACUCGGUUCUAUUCAAAUAUGGUCAAACUUUGGGACCAUAUUCCAGGGUUUUGGUCAUUGGUGCCUCCACUACUGUGGCAAACGCCUUUAUUCAGAUGGCUAAGAAGCAGCUAAAUGUGGGGACCGUUGUGGGUGUUUGUAACUCGGAUAGUGUGGAAUAUAACAAAUCUAUGGGAUUCGAUUACUUAGUUUCUUACAAUCAAGAGGGCACCAUUCCUGAAAAUGUAGCCAAGUUGAUGGAACAGAAGAAGAUUGGUAAAUUCGAUCUAAUAUUCGAUUCCGUUGGUAACAGUGACUUCUUCCCCGUUAUGGAUGAUUUUUUAAAGCCAAAGUCGGAAAACUCGUAUUAUCUGACUUUGGUUGGAGAUCAAUCUUUUGAAUACGAUUCAUACAACUUCUCUGCAUUUUUAAGUGGACCCAUAAGGUUCCUCAAUCCAUGGCGGAAAUACAGAUACGCCAAAGUCUUCGGAUUACCCACGAAGGAAGGGAUGGACUUGGCUACAAGAAUGAUCGAGUUGGGCAAUUACAAUCCUCCCAUAGAUACUAUCUUCAAGUUUGAACAGUUCCAGGAGGCCAUUUACAGGUUGAAGUCGAAUAAGGCAAAGGGUAAGGUUAUCAUCUCCAUGAGUGAUUGA